ACGUUUUCCCCCGUUACCGCAAAAGCUCCGGAAAAGCGAGGAAACCUAAAAAAAAUUCGCGAACGAAAUCGAAAAGAUCCAAAAAAAUCGGAAUAAAUCAAGGAAAAUGGUGGUCGACAUCAAGAUGUGCCGUUUUGAUAAUGUGCCCUGGGGCUUUCGACUCGUGGGCGGGGCGGACUACGACUAUCCGCUGACGGUGGUUAAGGUGACCGAGGGCAGCAUUGCUGACGAGGCUGGACUGCGGGUCGAGGACAUCAUCGUGCGCAUCAAUGACACGGCUGCCACGCCCCUCAGCCACGACGAGGCCCACCGCCUCAUUAUGAACAGCGGCAGCGUCUUCUACUUCGGCGUCUACCGGGAGAACGAGGAGGACGCCUACGAGUGCCUGAAGAGGUUUCCCACGAGCGAGGGUUCGUUGACCAAGUCACCGACGCCAUUCGUUUCCCCAUCGCCGACUCCAUCGCUGUCCCAGCUGACGGAAGCCACAAAUGCACGAACUCCGGAACCGGAGCCAUUCGUCCCGCCUCCCAGGGAAUUCGCCCCCAUUACGGUGCCUUCUGUGGACGUGGACGUCCUGGCGGAAUGUCGCCAACCCGUGUCGGAAGUGCAUUCGGAAGACAAUCGCGGGGCUGUGCCAGCUGAGGCACAAGAAGGUCUCUACUUGCCCGAUUUGCCCGAUCGCCCGUGCUCGGCGCUGUCCGAAAGGCAGGAAAUUAAGCUGGUGGAGGAGGAAAUUGCAGCCGUGCUGUCCGGCGAGUCGGAGGUGCUCAAGGAGCACAAUGUCCUCGGGAUCUUCCCCAAGCCCGGAGUCUGCAUGUCCAGCGAUGUCCUGCGCUCGCUCAACGAGGAGGUGACCAAGACGAAGCUGGAGAAGGACAAGGAGAACCGCCAGUGGUCCACCUUCCUGCAGCGUCCCAAUCGUCCGGUGCCCAAGAGCAAGCAAUCGCUGGAGGCCGAAAGGCGGGCGGCCAAUGCCUACAAGGUGACGAUUGUCAAGUCGGCGCCUCGGGAAAAAUCACCCAUGCCGGAAGCUAAACCGGCGCCAAAGGAGACCACACCGCCCAAAGAGAGGAAGAAGCAGGAGGAGCCAGUUCCGGAGGAGGUGGAGUCAACCGAACCGGAGCCCGAGAAGGAUGAGGAGCCACUGCCGACGGACAGCGAGGUGCCGAAUUUGGAGCAACUACCGGAGAGCGAGCUGCCGGACGAGCAGCCGGAGAAAGCCGAUGUGCCCAAGGAGGUUUGCGAGGCGGAGGAGGUCCAGGUCCCAACGGAGCCGGACUCUCCAGGCGCUUCCGAGGCUUCGGAGGCAACCCCUCCGGCUGAGCCCAGUACUUCGCCCAAAAGCGACGAGGAGCUGGCCCUGGAACGCCAGUUGGCUGAUGUGCAAAGACAACUGGCCGCCCUCUCGUCCCUGCCCUCCACCAUACAGUCGACCCUGGACGCGGUGACCAAGCAGCUGGCCGAAUUGGUGCCCACCUUCAAGCUGCAGCAGCAGCAGGAGCAGGAGAAGCUCUCGCCGGAAGCUCAGCUGCCGCAAAUCGAUGAAAGAGCCGAGGAAGGGGAAGGGGAAGUGACCACCAACACCGCAGGCGAAACGGAGGAUGCAGGCAAGGACAUAUCCAUAUCUGGGACUGACAACCCACUGGGGCCAUGUGAGAGUAAUGAGGAUAGAUGCGAUGCCAAUGACCGGGAAGUGGCGGAAAUAUCGCGCUCCACUGACGACAAUCGCCUGGCCAAGGACAAGAAAAAGGAUCUGGAGAAGGAGAAGGAGCAGGAGCCGUUGUCCGAGGAGCAGAGCUUCAAGAAGCAGAAGAGACACGAUGUCAUUGAGGAGCUCGAGGAGCAUUUGGUGCGCAAAAACAAUCCCCGGCGGUCGAAGCGGGCCUUUGGGCCAUUGGUCCCAUCCUCGGAGCGUCCUUUGGUCCUUCCGGGCGGUCGGCGUUGGUACCGUCCCAAGGAUGCCUACAACGAUGAGUUCAUUGCCGAGACCCUGAGCGCCCAGGCGGAGCUCAUCACGGGCAGCACUCUCGGGGUCAACUUCAUGAAGUACCAGAAGCCGGAGCGCAAAAUCGAUCUGAAUCGCAGCGAGGUGUACAAGUAUCUCAAUCCGCAUCUGGACAGGGCGCCCGUGCGUGGCAUCGAGGUGCGUGCUCCGCUGGUGGCCGCCGAGUCCGAUAUUCGCCAGUCACUGCAAUCGUAGGAGUGCUCCAGCAACACCCACCCACCCCAAUCUCAAGCCAAUCCCAUGGCUACACGGAGAAAAAGAAGCUGUACCAUUAGG